AUGUCUGAAAUAAGAAGGAAAAAGGCUACAAGAGCUUGUUUUUAUUGUCAAAAAGCCCAUUUAACCUGUGAUGAUUCAAGACCAUGUCAACGAUGUAUAAAAAGAGAUCUAGCUGCAACUUGUACCGAUGGUAUUCGUAAGAAGGCAAAAUAUUUACAAGAUUCAAGUUAUAAUGCAUAUGAACUCGAUCAUCAAUUUUAUUGCAAUAAUGAACCUCAUUCUAUAAAUCAACAAAAACAACAACAUUAUCAUAAUGAUAAUAAUAAUUUUCAACCUCCAUUAACUCCAACCUCAACUCAACCACCAACUCCUUUACAACAUCCACGUCCUAAUCCUUCAUUAAAUCAUAAUGAACAUUAUCAUCCACUUUCACCACUGAUUGAUAAUCGCUCUUUUCCAUCUCAUUCAUCCAAUAUUGAUGAUGAAUUUCAUAAAUUUUCUCCAAUUUUUUCUCCUCCAAUACAAAAUCAAAAACAUUUAAAUCAACAAAUUCAACAAAAUCAACAAAUAUUGGUUUCAUCCUAUUUAGUUACAACACAACCUAGUCAACAACCCAGUCAACAACCUGUUUUCAUGCAUAAUGGAUUUAAUACAAAUCCUGCUGCUUCUAUUACUAAUAAUAUUGUUGAUACAAGUACAUUAUUUGGGAGUGGAAGUUAUCCUAUUCAAACAGCUAAUUAUGGCUUUGGUUCAGAAACAAUAAAUCUAGAAUAUUCUGUUUUGGGCAAUAUGUUAUCUGCAUCAACAACUACUGAAGCAUUAAGUCCUCACACAGCAUUUGCUGAUAUUAGUAUGAUUGAUCAUACAUGGAAUCAAUCACCAAAUGCUACAAUUAUAGCUUCUUCAUCACCUUCAACCACAAUUACUAAUUCAACUCCUUCAAUAAUAUCCCCAUCACACAAUAUAACUUCAAACAUCAUUAAUGGCUUUAAAAAAGACAAUUUAGGGAAAAAAAUUUCAAAUUCAUUAACUCUUGAGAAUGUUUAUGCAAAUGUUGACAAACCAUUUUCUUAUACAGAAGGGUUUCAUUAUUUAGUAAAGUGGAUUAGAGAAAGGAUGGAUAAAGAACAUAUCGACCGAAUUGUUAAAGCUUUAGCAACUUUUCGUCCAUCUUUCAUAGCCUUAAUAAUGAAUUUAACAGAAGAUGAUUUAAUUUUCAUGGAAAAAUGUUUUCAAAGAACAAUACUGGAAUUUGAAAAGUUGAUUGGAUUUUCAGGUACACCAACUGUUGUAUGGCGCAGAACUGGCGAAAUUGCACUAGUUGGAAAAGAAUUUACUCUAUUGACAAAAUGGACAAAAGAACAAUUACUUGGUAAAAAAACUUACAUAUAUGAGGUUAUGGAUAGUAAAUCAGCAGUAGAAUAUUGGGAAAAGUUUGCAGAACAUGCUUUUGAUAAUUCAAGGCAGUCAGACAUGAUGACUUGUAUAUUAGUUGGGGCAAAUGGUAUACAAGUACAAUGUACAUUUUGUUUUACAAUUAAAAGAGAUAUUUUUGAUAUUCCUUUGGCAAUUGUUGGAAAUUUAACCUGA